AGCGAACAUCGCGGCUCGCAACUUUUGUCACCGAAAAUCAACACGGUAAAAAGUUAAAACAACGAGUGCAUCCAAUCAAUAAAUUUGUAAGUUAACAAAUAUGAAUAAAGAGGAAAACUACGCCUCGGAUAGUGAUCAAAGUGACGAAGAUUUUUGCCUAGAAAAUGACGCAGAUUCUUGUUCGUCGAGUGGCAGCGCCGAAGACAGUGAGGACGCCGGCAGUGAUGCGGAUUCCAUUGAAAAUACAAAAACUACAAAGGGCAGCAAAAAAGCCAAAGCUAGCUCAAAAAAGGAGGCCAGCCAAAACUCUCGCACCACGCGUCUCAAAGAGGCGCAACAAAAUGAUGGCAAAUGUUCAAAGGAGAAGGACGAACUCGAGUCGGACGAAGAUGUCGACAAAUCACGUUCUGAUGCGUUGUGGGCUGACUUCCUAUGUGAUGUCGGAAGUGCGAAAGCUGAGAGUCCAGUUAGUUUAAAAGCAAAGGAGGCAAAAGACAGUGUAAAUCAAACGCAAGCUGGAUCUACAGCCAAGGUCGAUACACUAGUCACCAGGCAGAUAACAGAGGUAUUAGAUUUUGCUGGCGAGCAGGUGACUGUACAAAAAACCGUGAGCAAGGAAAAUCAGAAGCAGAGUUUACAAGAGCCCAAUGCCACACCUAGCCCAAAACCAGCCCCACCAACUCGAUCUUUUGGUAUUGCGAAGCGACCGGCAAAUGGAAAUGCCGGUGGUCUGGGUUCAUUACUCAACCAAUUGGGAAAAAAGAAGAAGAUGUCCGUGCUGGAGAAAUCACAGCUCGAUUGGAAAGACUUUAAGAGUGGCGAAGGCAUCGAUGAAGAAUUACAAACACACAACAAAGGCAAAGAUGGGUACUUGGAGCGCCAGGACUUUCUACAACGCACGGACUUACGUCAGUUCGAGAUUGAGAAAAACCUGCGCCAGUCAACGCGACGCCAGAACUAAGUCAAGGUUUUCAUGUCAACUCGCCUAUUUACACAUUCGAACUUUAAACUAAGAUAAUUCAGUGCAUAAGUUCCAUAUUUGUGCUAUCAUAAUUCCUAAAUAUAUUUAAACAAAUUUCGCAUUAUCAAACAAA